CUGCUCUGCCUUCGCAGCUGGAACUAGCGGGCAGGAUGGCUGCCGGGUAGAACUCCGAACAGGGGGAUUGUGGGAGAUGGCCGCGAUGACGGAAGACACGCUUGGUAACCCCCAGUCGUCCUUCAAGGCGGUGGCGCUGCGAGUGGUCGACCUCCCUCUCUCAGUCUACAACUCCUUUUCCCAGGUGAGGUUCAGCACCAGCACCAAGAAGCUCUUUGCCGUCACUGCCUUCAGCGCCAUCUCGCUCCUCUUCCUUGCUCGCCACUUCAAGAGGAGGAAAGGGAAGAAGAAGGCCCAGUCGCCGUGGGAGCCAGAGAACUAUGAGUUCCUCACCACUGGCCCAGCAGAGAAAGACUUGUAUCACACCAGCAUUCGCCAGAACCUCAGCCUCUCGCUAAACUCCAAGACCUGCCCCUCCUGCAAUCUGAUACCCAACGGCAGCCUGUACAGCAAGCUUUCAGGGUCACUGCAGAGUCUGGCAUCGGUGAAGAGCGUGAACUCUUCAAGUAGCUGCACCUGUGCCAACACGUCCAGCUGCUGGGACAAAGCUGGAGAGGACAGCGACAUGUGUAACGUGGUCAACAUCCCCGUCACCACGCCCGAAAACCUCUACCUGAUGGGGAUGGAGCUGUUCGAGGAGGCGCUGAGGCGCUGGGAGCAGGCGCUCACGUUCAGGAGCCGCCAGGCGGAGGACGAGGCCAGCUGCGGCUCCGUCAAGCUGGGGGCGGGAGACGCCAUCGCCGAGGAGAGCGUGGAGGACAUCAUCAGCGCUGAGUUCAUCCACAAGCUGGAGUCUCUGCUGCAGAGGGCCUAUCGGCUGCAGGAGGAGUUUGAGGCCACUCUGGGAGUUGCAGACCCCGCCUCCCUUGCCAACGACAUUGAUAAGAACACCGACGUGACGGUGAGGGAGGACGCGGACGACCUCUGUCUGAGGGACACGAUCAGCAUCGCCUCCACGGACUCCUUCGUGUCCGCCGCCGAGCUGUCGGAGCACCGGGAGCUGCGGAGCGCCUACACGCUGGGCUCGCUGUGCCACUACCCGCUCUACGAGGAGGCGCUGCAGCUGGCCGAGGAGGGCAAGAUCUCCUGCAGGGUGCUGAGAACUGAGAUGUUGGAGUGUCUGGGUGACACCGACUUCCUGGCAAAGCUGCACUGUGUGCGACAGGCCUGUCAGGUAAUUCUGUGCGAUAGAGCCACCAGAGCAUUUCUGGCUGAUGCUGGAAAGAAAAUCCUGUCAUCCAUAAUCGUGAAAGCUCGCAAGAACCCAGAGAGAUUUGAAGAAGUGUUUGAGGAGAUGAUGACCUUCCUGGAGCAGACUGACCACUGGGAGAACACCGAAUUGGAGCUGGCCACACGAGGGGUGAAGCAUUUGAACUUCUAUGACGUAGUCCUAGAUUUCAUCCUCAUGGAUUCCUUUGAGGAUUUGGAGAAUCCUCCCAUUUCCAUCCAGAAUGUGGUCAACAACCGAUGGCUCAACAUUUCCUUCAAAGAGACGGCUGUAGCAUCAAGCUGUUGGUCAGUGCUGAAGCAGAAGAGACAGCACAUGAAGGUGUCAGACGGAUUCAUCGCCCACUUCUACUCUGUCUGUGAGCACAUAAGCCCUGUGCUCGCCUGGGGUUUUUUGGGACCUAAAAGUUCCCUGCAUGAUUUCUGCUGUUUCUUUAAGGAUCAGGUACUGUUCUUCCUGAAGGACAUCUUUGACCUGGAGAAGGUGCGCUACUCGAGCGUGGAGAGCCUGGCCGAGGACAUGCUGCAGCUGCUGCACCGUCGCUCCGAGCUGCUCCUGGCCUACCUGGGGGCCGACUCCCUCCGCCACCUAAACGGCUGCGUCAGCUCCCAGGGGCCCCUGGUGUCCAGCGCCCUGCUGGAGGCCCGGGUGCAGUGAGCGCCUCAAUGCCCCGCUCCCCCCUUCUACAGUCAUCCAGCUCCACCCUCUCCAGACUCCUCCCAUUCAUAAGUCCACCCUUUCUUGUACCAUAAGCUCCUCCCACUCGUGAUGCUUCCAACAGGUAGCCCCUGUUCCCUAUUGAUUCCCAACCCCUGCUUCAGUUGUAUUCCUUUAACUCCUCAGACCCAACCCCUUUUUCCCACCCCACAGACUUUCUCCCCCCACUACCCCCCCCCCUUUCACCAGCACAAUUGGAAUGCAGUUCUUGUGAUGUCUGCCUCCAAGCAUGGAAAUAAGGGAGGAUUUAUGACACAAUCCAGUGUUAUGAACCCAUUACAAAUGUGUGUACUUGAUAUACAUAUGCCAUGUCUUUAAAGAAAAAAAACACAAUGGACUGAUGUAUGGGAAAAUAGAAUGGCUGCCUCCAUUAACUUAUUUUUGACAGUGUGUGGGGGUAAAAUGAUCUGCUGUUUUAGUGGCUAUAUUUAUUUUAAUUGUACUUGAAAUAAUGUGGCACCUUAUUUUUUGUAGACUGCUCCAAAUAAUCCUCUAACUAUAUCCAUAUGAAAUGAGUAUUGAUUCACUGUAACGUGGUUCUUAGAUGACGACUUUGUCCUUUGAAUAUGUAUUAUGCCACACUGCUGCUAAAAUGCCUUGUCAAAAUAUACAUUUACACCCUGUUGCAUCAGCAGACCUUAAUGCAACAGCACAAGGCUGUGGAUGAAAUUACUGCUAUAUCAACACACUGGGCCUCAUGCUACAGGAGCCCCCCCAAUGUAUUUCCCAUAAGGAAACAAUGUCUUGCAUUCUUUUCGCAAAGUGUAAGGCUGCUCUGAAUGUAUUUUUUUCCUCCACAAAUAGGGAAUAUUAAAGCCUUACCACACAAGCACACACAUUUUUGCCCUGUCCCCAGCUGCGGUUAGCUUCUUCCCGGCAGGUGUUGCGACAGGUGCUGGACGCACAGUUGUGAAGCCCCCCUGGCUGCGUUUUCCCUUCCCCAUGGAACCUCUGAACACCAGGUGCCAAUUACCCUGAGCCUGGCUUGCUUAAAUUGCAUGAUUUCUUAAAUCUGCUGUUGUAAUCAGUGAGCAAGUUUCAGUGACAAAUGUCAGGUUGACCUGAAGGUCCGCCCCCCUCCCCCACCCUUCUCUUUUCGGUGUCUUGUUGGCACUGAAUAGCUGUGAUCACACAUGGCCAUGUAACGCAACAAAUUAAGAUGGUCUUAUUUUUCUCAAAAGUUAUCCUUGUUAUUGAUAGGGGAAACUGGGGCUUGAAUGAGGAUGGACACGUAUGACGACAAACUGAGAAUGAGUCAUUUUAUUUAUGUUUAUACAUAAAAUUGCAUUUCCUCAGUGUGUACAAAGCUGAACAGUGUUUUGACUAUUUAUCUGUGUGCACAUCUGUAAGCAAAUAAAAGGCUAUCAAAGUA